AUGGAAUCCCAUUACCCUAUUGAGGGUGAUGCAAGUAGUAAAAUGCAAAGUCUGAAUAUCACAUGGGAAGAGGAUAUGCUGCUUCGAGGUGUUAGACCGGACAGUGAGGUUGUAUCGCUGCUGCAGUCUGUCCUCACCUCUCCACGCACGAAAUACUUGGAGUCUGUUCCCGCUCCCUCUGCGGACUUACUCUCCCUUAUUGACAGUUUGUCCAAGGGACGAUCCGCCGUACCGCCUGUUCCCACAACUACAAGUACACCUGUGGAGAGGGCCGGCCCACGUAUGGUUAGUCCACUCGGUAAUAUACACUCAAAACCAUCCCCACCGGGUAAACAGAAGGUAAUAAAAAAAGAAAUAAAAAAAGGAAUAAAAGUAGGAAUAACGGGUGCCCGCCCACUGCUCCCCGCCAACGCGGGAUCCCCGCCGGUGGUAGUCCCCUCACUUCUCCCCAUCGGCCAUAGUAUGGCUCCACAUGUUGACAACUGCAGUUGUGUCUUCCACCGCCAUCUACUCCCACCAUUACACCCACCCACACCAAACACAAACACCAAUACAAGCGAAAGCGGGAACUUAGAGAACACUUCACGUGAGAGAAGAAGACGGGGACACCCUCUCACCGUCGUAGCGCGUGUGUGUACUAGCAGCGGCACAACACCCAUUAAAGAGACAGAGGUGACCCUUAGCAAACUCGAUGGACCCCCACUUCCGCCUAGUUGGCCGACAGUGGACGGGCGAACCUCAUCAUCUUCAUCAUCAUCAAGGAAAUCUAAAAAAGUUUUGACCCUGAUAACUAUUAGAAAAGGCAGUGGUAGACGACAUUCUGGCCAGUUUGGUGAUGCAAAAGAAGUUGUUAGACCACCUUCUGUGAGCGGUGGGAUUCUUUUACCGAGACUCUCGGAACCACAUAACGUGCAGAGGAUUUAA